AGUCUCGUCGCUGCAGUGUUAUUGCUGGACUAUCCUCGCCGGAGUGUCGGCACAGAGGCCGCCGUGCGUCCCAUGGGCUGCUCGGGAUGAAGACCAGCGCGCCCGGCACCUUUUCCGCUCUGCUGGUCUUCGGCUAUGUUUGGAGUGCGCUGCCGCCGCCGAGCCAUGUGACCAUGGAUUCGGUCAACUUGAAACACAUGCUUCGGUGGCACCCCGCGAAGGCGCCGUGCGCUACGCCGCUGCUCUACUCAGUGCAGUUCCAAGGCGAGUUUGAGGCGACAGUCCGGGCCGGAAUCUGGUUGAACUCAACCAAUUGUCAAGACGUGACGCGCACGUACUGCGACCAGACUUUGGACCUGGGCUCCGACUCGGACUACAAUAUCCGUGUGCGAGUGCGCUGCGCCUCGAAAACGUCGGCGUGGGCGAGGCUCUCGCCGCCCUUCAACAGGAGGGACACCGUGCUUACUGCGCCCCUGAUGAAGGUGUCAACAGUGGGUGACGGCCUCCUGGUGUUCUUUGAGGAAGCCCCGCCCACGGCGUCCCUCGAAGUGGAGGUACGCCAGAGCGGUGACGCCCUGCACCAGGCUCUCGUGUUCGCCAUCAUGGCUGAGGAGAAGCUGCUGCACGUCGCCGACCUGCGGGAAGAGUCGGUGUACUGCGUCCGGGCGCGUGUGCUGCUCAAACAACUGCGCAGCCGAAAUAGCCAAGAGCAAUGUGUGCGGGUCACAGGUCCCCAAGCCAACUGGGGGGGUCCCGCUACGGCCGUGCUGACGCUGCUUCUCAUGGCGGGCGUCGCCUUUGCCACCCUCUGGUGCGCGGUGCAGUGCCGCACCCGCCCCCACUCCUCCAAGGAGUCGCCGCACCCCCGUUUGCUGCUGCUCGGUGGGCCGGCGCCCGCCAUGCCGAGCCAACCCGAGGAGGUAUGCACAGACAUGCGCGUGGUGCCCAAGGACCGGCGCCUCUAACCGGGCCACAACCCUCACGGAUGUCAAGAGUGGACACGUUGGACCUUCAUGGCUUCCUUCAUAGCAGUAUUUCCCCUGCAUGCGGACGUAGAUACUGUUGCAUGAUUGGGGGGUGGGGGGCUUAUGCUAAACUGGAAGCUUCAGGAGAUCAAGGAGAGACCAUGGAAAGUUGGCAAAUGUCGUUUUGGUUGAGGCGCACGUCACGAAAACACAAGACGAGGCUUGGGUGGAUAUGACAUUUAUUUGUCAUAAGGAAUGUCAAUGGAUCGGAGCCACUUUGCAAACAAAUUGCCAACUUGCAACGAGAACAUCUGCUGCUGUAACCAAGUGGACCUCCAAGCAAAACAAUCCAUCCUCAAUACUAGUUUUUGGCUCUCAUAUAACUGACACAAUUUUUUUUUGACCUAACCAGAGAGAAAAAAAUGGUUGUCUUCAUCAUGGCAAAUAUUUGUUUACACUUUUUACAGACUUUUCUUAGCAACUGUACGAGUCGUAUUGCUAUUUGGUCAUCACUAUAUUCCUUGACUUGCAAUUUCAACUUCAGUUUGUUGUCAAAAACAAAGACGCAGCGGGGCCUUGGGUUGCGAGUUUACGUGUCAGAAAAAUGCCUCUCGGUUAUCUUGGACCUUGACGUAGAGUUCAACCAAAUGCCAUUGUUUUUGGCACAUUGCAUCAAGCCAACGCUGCUCUUUGUUCUGCUCCUGUCUUGGCCACCUGGGAGCGGGCCUUCACUCCCCUCCCUUGUUCUACGCAGAAAAUAAAAAAUAUAUGACUCGUC